AUGACGGAAGCUACGAAUACGAAGAUGAUGGAUACGGAGAGGGGAGGGGAAAAUACUCAAUAUGAAUCUCAAAAUAUAUUUACACAAUCUCCCGCCAAGGAUCAGGGAACCUUAGGAGGUAUAUCUUAUUUCUCCAUUUCUCCAAUCAACUACUCUUUAUCUCUUAGCUCUUUAUCCCCUAACACACGAGUAAAUCAAACGCACCCACUCAUCAAAGUAGACUCCACCGGUCCAACCGAAGCCACGCUUCAGAGCGCAGCAAAACAUAAAGCGCGGGGAGAAAAGACGGCUGAGAAUAUUAGAUAUGGAGAGGCGAUUAGCGAGCAUGGGUUUGGGGGGGAGACGGUGGGGAAUGAGGGGGGUGUGGGGUUGGGGUCGGAGUCUGGGGAUGGAAAGGGGGAGGGGGGAAAGGAGAGUGAGGUGGAUGUGAGGAGGAAGAUGGGGUAUGCUGGGGGGAGUGGCGUUGGUGGGUAG